AUGAUGGAACUUACUCCCGAGUUUCGAAGAUUGGUGAAUGACUUUUCGACCCUCGAUGGUAAAAGUCGGAAGAAACGAAAUGACAUUCUUCCACCAAUCAAGAAGAAUCUAGAGCCGCAAGACGAGUUUUUAAAGGAGGCCUAUCGGAUAGCUUCACAUAUAAGCAACUUAAAGAGUUUUCUCAUUUCAGUUCGAAAAGCUUACCUAAAUGUUUCGCGACAGAGUCCUUUUUCAAAAACCGGCGUUCCGUUACAGAUCAGUGGCGGCAGCUCAGAGCAGGGCUUAUCAUCCACCACUAGAUUCAGUUCUACAACUUUAACGGAUAAACAACGAGACGAAAUUGAUCUACAGGCUAAAACAAUAAUUCAACAAUGUUUAGAUAGGAUAAAAAAAUUGGAAGAGGCUGAACAAGUACGACAAAAUUCUAUUUUGAAUAAUACCUGGACAAAGAUAUUAUCAACGGCAUUUUCUCAAGAAGAACACGACGUGUUGGCAGCAAUUCGAAGUAGUGUUAUAUGGUACCUGAACAAAAGGCUGACAGAGGUUUCGAAAAUACAAAAAGAUCAACAGGAGGCCAGAAUUAUAAGAGAAAUUGAAAAACGAGAAAGUACACUUUACAAAACACCAACCGUUAAAUUGCAUACCCAAACUCAGAAAUCACCCCUUCAAACUCUGAUGACAGAGGAAAAUGAGGCUUCCGUGAAAAAUGAGGGAAUAAUAAGUAACGUGGAUGAAGAAGACGACGUUGAACAACAUUUGUCCGUGGAACAAAAGAUGAUGCUAGAAAUGGAGAAUGAAACUAUGAUGAAAGAACUUGCGACGACGCUGGAACAAAUCAACCAAGCAGAAAAAGCGUUAACGGAAAUUUCAAAUUUACAAACUGUUUUAUCAAAUCACUUGGCAAUGCAAACUCAACAAACCGAUCGAUUAUAUGCUGAAGCUAUUGCUACUACAGCUAGAGUUCAGGAAGGGAACACCAUGUUGAUCAAGGCUAGACAAAGAGCCUCAGACACGAGAAAAUGGAUAUUGAUUUUUUUGAUCGUGGCAAGUUUUGUAUUGUUAUUUUUGGAUUGGUAUGAUUAA